UGUUAAACAGUUUCUUACCGUAAGAGGGAGUUGAGACCCAGAUCUUUCCAGUUAAUCACACAACAAACUUAGAUCAUCGCAAUAAAAACCUCGGCUCACUCUGCCUCCUCGAGUGACCGGCGGUGCACGGGGUCCCUCCGAGGAGCCAUCUCCCCUUCUCCUGGGGGGCCGCCAGCACCAUGCGGGCCACCCACCUCCUGCCAGCCUUGCUGCUCCACCAGCUGCUGCUGCUGCCCACCGCCAUCCCCGCGGCAGAGGGUAAAGGCAAAAAGAGAAGUCCUCUUCAUGACUUCAAAAAAACAGGAGAGUUGAUGCUCAUUAAAGUAAACAAAACACUGGAAGUAAAAACGAAGCUGUUAAAUACCACAGAGCAAUGUGCAAAGAGAUGCAGCAGGAACAAGGGCCUUUCCUUCACUUGCAAGGCCUUUGCUUAUGACAGAGUUACAAAACGGUGCCAUUGGUUAUCCUUCAACAGCUUGACAAAUGGUGUGAGAAAGAAGCAAGACCAUGCGUUUGAUCUGUAUGAAAAGAAGGAUUAUGUCAGAAAUUGUAUCAUUGGAAAAGGAGCAGACUAUAAAGGAACAAUAUCUGUUACAAAAAGUGGUAUUCAGUGUCAGGCCUGGAAUUCAAUGAUCCCCCAUGAGCACAGCUUUUUGCCUUCGAGCUAUCGGGGAAAAGACCUGAGGGAAAACUACUGCCGGAACCCCCGAGGAGAAGAGGGAGGCCCGUGGUGUUUCACCACCAGUCCAGAGACACGCCACGAAGUCUGUGACAUCCCUCUCUGCUCAGAAGUUGAAUGCAUGACCUGCAAUGGAGAGAGUUAUAGAGGGCCAAUGGAUCACACCGAGACAGGCAAGGAGUGUCAGCGCUGGGAUCUUCAGAGACCACACAAGCACAAAUUUCGUCCAGAGAGAUAUCCUGACAAGGGCUUUGAUGAUAAUUACUGCCGCAAUCCUGAUGGCAAGCUGAGACCAUGGUGCUACACUCUUGACCCUAACACCCCCUGGGAGUUCUGUGCAAUUAAAACGUGUGAGGAAAGCGCCGUGAACCGCACAGAGGCGGCAGCCGAGACCACAGCGUGCGUUCGGGGACAGGGCGAGGGUUAUCGUGGCACCGUCAGCACCAUAUGGAGUGGGAUCCAGUGCCAGAGGUGGGACUCCCAGUUUCCUCACCAGCACAACAUCACCCCUGAGAACUUCAAAUGCAAGGAUUUGAGGGAGAACUACUGCCGAAAUCCAGAUGGAUCUGAAUCACCCUGGUGCUUUACCACUGACCCAAACAUCCGUAUUGGUUAUUGCUCCCAGAUUCCUAAGUGUGAUGUAUCAAAUGAACAAGAUUGUUAUCGUGGCAAUGGCAAGACUUACAUGGGGAAUCUAUCCAAGACAAGAUUCGGGCUAACUUGCUCCACAUGGGACAAAAAUAUUGAAGACUUACGUAGGCAUAUACAAAUAUUCAGAGAACCAGAUGUUAGUAAACUGAAGAAAAACUAUUGCCGCAAUCCAGAUGAUGAUUUUCAUGGUCCCUGGUGUUACACAGAUGAUCCUCUUGUGCCCUGGGAUUACUGCCCUAUUUCUCGAUGUGAAGGUGAUACAACUCCUACUACAACCAGCUUGGAAGAUACUGCCAUUCCUUGUGCCUCAACAAAACAUUUGAGAGUUGUAAAUGGAAUCCCAACACAAACUAACGAAGGAUGGGUGGUUAGUUUGACGUACAGGAAUAAGCAUAUCUGUGGUGGUACUUUGAUAAAAGAAGAGUGGGUUCUUACAGCGAGGCAGUGCUUCCCUUCUCGGUACAAAGAUUUGAAAGACUACAAAGCCUGGCUUGGAGUCCAUAACAUCAAAGGAAAGGGAGAGGAGAAGCGCAAACAAGUCCGGAACAUCUCCCAGUUGGUAUAUGGCCCCACAGGGUCAGAUUUGGUCUUGCUGAAACUUAGCAGGCCGGCUAUAUUGACAAAUUUUGUAGAAAUAAUCCGAUUACCCAUUUCUGGAUGUACCAUUCCAGAGAAGACCAGCUGCAGUGUUUAUGGAUGGGGAUACACUGGAUUAGUCAACUAUGAUGGCCUUCUCCAGGUAGCAAACUUGUUUAUUUUGGGAAAUGAGAAAUGCAACCAAUAUCUCAAAGGGAAGAUUACUGUGAAUGAGUCUGAAAUCUGUGCUGUGGCUGAAACCAUAGGUGCUGGGCCUUGUGAGCGAGAUUAUGGUGGUCCUUUGGUUUGUGAACAAAACAGGCUGAAGAUAGUAAUUGGUGUCAUUGUUCCUGGCCGUGGAUGUGCCAUUCGAAAUCGUCCUGGGAUUUUUGUUCGCGUCUCAUAUUAUUCCCGGUGGAUUCACAAGAUUAUGAUGACCUACAGAAAACCCUGA